UAUUCUGCUGAUUGAAUCAUAAUGUGUUUAUAUUUAGAGUGCAGCAAGUGAAUGAUAUGUUGCUAACUACUGGAUGAGUGAUUAUAUCUGUCAGUGUGUGAAUUAAUAAUAAGAGGAGAGUAACAGCAUCCAGCACUGCUAGUGGAAAUUGCAGGUAAAUGGUGGAGUGGGCAUAUUGAAUAUGGUGAGCCGGGUGGACCAGAUCUAUCGUAGCAUUCUCCUAACUAAAUUUUUUGUCCGUGGCUGGGGUAAACCUGAAAAUCUUCGGCGGCUUUUUGCUUUUCGAAAGAUAAUUUCUAAUCGGGAAACGUGUCAGCAGCUCGUGGACAAAAAUCAUCCAAUUACUAUAACGAAGGAGGUUGAUAAUGGGGACCAUAUUAUUUGGGAAGCAGAGUUUAUGUCCCCAUUUGUGGACCACUUGCCAGGUCUUCUGCCUAAAGAGUCAGAGAAAGCUGCUUUUCAGUUAGUGUUCCCAAAAGUAUGGCGCACUCACCUGAAGCCUACCUGCUUGCACUUGGCAGGCACUGGAGAUCAUGGGUUUUGGAGAAGAAAAAUGCUAAUGGUUAAACCACUUUUAGACGAAUCAGGAAUUGCAUCAGCCAUCCUCGAGAAUCCCUUUUAUGGUUGUCGGAAACCUAAGGAUCAGCUUCGCUCAAGUCUCCACAAUGUUUCUGAUUUGUUUGUGAUGGGUGGCUGCUUAAUUUUGGAGUCCCUGGCUAUAUUUCACUGGCUUGAACGCAUGGGCUUUGGACCACUGGGAAUUACUGGAAUAUCCAUGGGUGGCCAUAUGGCAUCUCUGGCAGCAACAAGUUGGUCUAAACCUCUGCCGUUGGUCCCUUGUCUGUCUUGGAGCACAGCAUCAGGAGUGUUCACUCAGAUGGCUUCAGCAGCAGCAAUCGGCUGGCAUAAGCCUCUUGCAGUCGUCCCUUGUCUCUCAUGGACCACAGCCUCUCAGUGCUUCACUCAGGGUGUACUGAGUGGAGCCAUCAACUGGGAGAUGCUCAAGAACCAGUAUUUCUCCAAUGAAGUCUUCAGAGAGGACCUGUUUAACAUGAUUCAGUCUCCUGAAGGGCAUUUUCCAGUAUACCAUGAAGUUGGACUGAAAUUUGCUCGGGACUUCCCUGGCAGCUUAUCCCAUGUAGAGCGACUGAUGGAAGAUCAAGGGCAAGAGCGAAAAAGUGCCAAAGUUUGUGAAAAUAGCAUUGACAAAAAUGAAAAAAAUAAUAGUGGGGUGAUAUCUGAUUCAAUAGAUGCUCAAAGUACAAGAAACAUUAGCAAAAUGGAAAGACCAGAUACCAUCUCUCAAUAUUAUGCAAACACGGUACACAGUGUUGCCUCCAGUGGUGGCCCACUUAGUAUCAGUCUUUCUCUUCCAAGAUUCAACAUUUUACAAACACUUGGCUUUUCAAAAUUAAAAAUUGGUAAGGGACAGUCAUCACAGGAUAAGAGUUCUGUAUCAAACAAUGUUCUUGUUGGAUUUAGAAAUACAAAGUCAAAAAUAUCAAAACCAAUUCAUGAACUUACACCAGUGGGGAUCAGACCCAAGAAAUCUAUGAACACACGGACUGUAAAAUUUGAGCCCUACAUGCAAGUAAAAGAUACGUUAACUUGGGAAGCAGUGCAGUUCAUGCGUGGAGUCAUGGAUGAGUGUACACACUUGGGUAACUUCAGUGUGCCUGUCGACCCCUCGUUGGUGAUUAUUGUUGCUGCUGAAAAUGAUGGGUACAUGCCUCGUGAUGGAAUAAUACCCCUCACAGAGAUUUGGCCUGGAAGUGAAGUUAGAACCCUCCGUACCGGCCACGUCACUGCCUAUCUUUUCAAUCACCAGGUAUUUCGGAAGGCUAUCAAAGAUUCCUUUGAUAAGGUUAUAACAAAAUACUACAGUUGAAGUCUGGAACAUUGCCUGUGUUAGCUAUAGCAUUUACUCUGGUUAAAUAAUUAGUGUAAAAUCACUGCACUGCCAUUUUGUCAUAAUACCUUCUUAAAAUUCAUUAAAUUGACUAGAAUAAUUAUACAAGUUUUCUGCAUUCACCAGCCAUAGUAGUAACCAUCUUACCAGUGCAUACAAAAUGUAAUGAAAUUGGUAUAGGAAUUGAUUUUCAAAGCCAGUAAAAAUAGUUACACAAGUUAAUGCAAGAGUUUUUUACAAAAACUCAGAUAAUUAGCUAAUUAAAAUUUUCUCUUAUUGGUCACAGUACAUUCUUUGGAAUUUACUUUGCCUGUGAAUGACUCUUGUAUCUCAUAAAUACAAAAGUUAUAGAGACUUCUUCACAGAGGCAAGUAGAGUAAAAAUGCCUGUAACAUCCACCGUUAAGUAGGACCUACACGUGCACCUCUAAAUGACCCUUGUGGGUUUAGUGCUUUUAUGAAUACAAAUUAUGUAAUUGUUUUAGUUACUAAUGUCAGUACUCUUCCAAUUUUGCUACUUUUAUACUAAAGCCAGACAUUUAAAAGCAUAGAAAGUCAUGAUGGUGUCAUCAUUGUAGGUAGAAGUGUACUCUUCUUCUUUCAACAAACCAGCUGCAUCCCACUGAGGCAGGGUGGCCCAAAAAGAAAAACAAAAGUUUCUCUUCAUAACUUUAGUAAUGUAUACAAGAGAAGGGGUUAGAAGCCCCUUGCUCCUGGCAUUUUAAUCACCUCUUACGACACGCGUGGCUUAUGGAGGAAAAAUUCUGUUCCACUUCCCAUGGAGAAAUAGUGUUCUCAUCUGAAGAAAAUUAUUCUUGAUAAAAUGGUUACUUUUUUUUAUAAACAAGCUUAAGAUAAUAUAUCUCCAUAGGCUGGAGCUUUUCACUUUUUUUUUUUUUUGUCAUAUGAAGCUUGCAAAAAAUUGAAAAUGAAGUUUCAUGCAUCAAACAGCUUUAUUUCAAAUUGUAUGACAUUUUUAGCACGAUUCUUAGUAUAGUUGUACAACUGGGAAUUUCAUUGGUGUUUAUAGCAUUUAGCAAAAUUUUGGAUAUGCUUUUAAGAAUUUUUAUGAGUGUGCAAUAAGUCUGCUACUGAAUUUUAUGUGCUAUGUCCAUAACAUAGUCCAGUACUCAAUUAUAUGUGGAAAUUUGUAAAACAAAUUUGUUUAAAUUUAAGUUCUACGCAGGCUAAUAGAACGGUGGGAUGUUUGGAUGCUUUAUUCUAAAUAAUGCAGCUUUAUUACUAGACAAAUUCCAGUGUGUUAGUUGUUUAUACCUGUAAAGGUCUGAAAAUUUUAAGCUCUGUUGUAUUUAGCUUUUGAACUUACUAAAACACCCAUUAAUAACAUUGGUGCUUGAAAUAAAGUGAUAGGUUGGUAAUCCAUUAGCUCCCUUAGCAUAAAUAAUAAAUUCUAAAUAUUUAUAACUGAUUAUACUGCACUCCCAUCCUUCAGUGAGAAGCUAUGAAUUAUGAAAUCAUAAAUACAGAACUUACAUGGCAGUGAAAGGAAGGGGAAGGGGGGAGGGGAAAGGCAUUUACAAAUCCUUGUGACCCUGUACUUUAAGAUAUUGUGGUACUGGUCAAGCAUUUUCCACUGUCCAGAUGUCAAACUUACGGAUAAUAGCAGAAUACCUUGUGUCACUGUUUGAGAGCCAAUUUUGUGAUUGAUGCUGAACAUAAAUAGUAGAUCACUGAAAUUUUUCUUUGGAUAAUGGUAAUAGAACCUGAAACAAAACUCAUGAAUCUGUGUACUUGGAGAUGUAGAACUUACAUAUGCUGAUGGAGUACAGGAUAUUUAUAAUUAUUAUUUAGUCAAUUGCUUAGAAACAGUAGGUCUAAGCACAAGUGUAUUGAUGCAUUACAUAAUUAUGUUAUGCCCAUGAUGUGAACAUUCUGAAAUGUUGAGUAUUUUAUACCAUUUAUACCACAGUAUUUUAUACAAUUUUCAACACAGUGAAAUACAGUAUCAAAAUACAGUCUUAUUAAUACAUAGUCAUAAUUACUAUUCCUUAAUGGCUAUACAUUUAUUAUUGUUUUAAAAUGUUUAAUGUAAUCUAAUAAAUUUUUCAUCAGUGCUUGGACAUUUACAUUUGUUUUAAAAUGUAGAAUGUAAUACUUUUUCAUAAAUUAUUAAACACUUAUAAGAUAGGUAUAUAAAUGCUGUCAUUAUCUUUGCAAAGAAAUUAUAUUUCCAUUAUACAGGGAAACAAAUGUAUAGAUAAAUGUCAGUAAAUAUAAAGCAGGGGUCAGCAGCUUUAUUCUGCUUGGGGACAGAGCCCAUGUCUGUGAGCAGAUGGCAGGCCACACCUAUCACCAUAGUUAAUAAAUAGAGGUAAUAAUAAUGCAUACUAAACUUUGGAAUGUAUUUAUAUAUUUAAUUAAGCAAUAUUGUCUGCUGAACAUAACAGUUAUUUUGAGACACUGGUAUUGAACCUACCCUCACCUCUCUCUCCUCUCUGUCUAAUAACAGUCAGUGUGACACUUCAUUUUGUUUUUUGCUUAACAGUCUCUUAUCUCUCAGUAUUAAGUGAUAGGCUGGAAGAGGCCAGAUGCAUGAAGUCAUCUAAAUGGACAUCAGUCAGUUGGUAUCUUAAUUUGCUCUUCGUAUUAUUUCAUUUCUGAGAAGAGUUGCUAGCAUGUAUAAGUACUGCCGACCGGACAUUGACGUCAUUUUUUUUUUGCGUGAUCUACCUAUCAAGUUGAUAUACAUACCAGUUUCAAGAAGAUAUUUCUUGUAGAACUCUACCAGAGAUAUGCCUGUUGCAUUAAAUUUUGAUCUUAAUACAUUGCUGCACUGCAUCUCAAUAAGUUCUAUUUGAACAUACAGAAAAUGGGAGCUAUGGAUUAUCUGAACUAACAAAACUAACAAAUAAUUACUAUUUAAAAUAUAUUAGUAUUCUAAAUGUUUCUUUUUUAUUUUUUUUGUUUUGGGUAUCUUUUAAUUUUUAAACAUGUGUGUAGACUCAUAUAUGGGCUUGUAACACCGCUGAUACAAAGAGAGAGAGAGAGAGAGAGAGAGAGAGAGAGAGUGUGUGAGAGUGUGUGUGUGUGUGUGUGUGUGUGUGGU